AGAUCUGCUCGAAUAAAGCAGCUACCUAGUACAUAUUCACGAUAAUUUCAUAUAGAUAGAUACCCAUUCAGCAAUAGCAUUUCAUAGAACACCUAAUUUUCUCAAGUCAACUGAAGCCCUGCGUCCACAUAUGCCUUACCCGAACGUCUCUCAUCUUCCAGGGGAAGAUAUAUCGCACUCUACAUACUUCAAACCAGCAGCCAUAUCACAACCCCUUAUUAAUAGUAUCCCUCCUGAUCUUCUCCCUCGUUUCGAUCCUGUCUUUGCAAGAUAUCAUACACAUUACUCAGCAGGAAGAUUAAGCAUUUAUCAAAUUCCGCUCAAGGAACUCAGGGCCAAUCCACGCAAAUACAGUAUCGUCUACGGUCGUGCCAUUGCACCUGACGUACAUUCUAUCACCAAUGUUCAGUGUCCAGUUUUUUCCUCUGGCGAUAGUCAGAGUAGUAUUACGGUGAGGAUUUAUGAACCCGCCCCGAACAUAAAUGAGGGUAAACCUAGACCUGUGUAUAUCAAUUUUCAUGGCGGGGGAUGGAUUGUUGGGGGUUUGGAGUCGGACAUGGAGUUCUGUAAGAGGUUGGUUGGGGAAUUGGGGUGUGUGGUCUUUGAUGUGGAUUACAGGUUGGCACCGGAAUAUCAAUGGCCUAUUCCGGUUAAUGAUUGCAUUGAGGCCUUUAAGUGGAUUGGAUCAGAUGAUAUGGUUCAAAAGCGAAACCUAGAUAGACAGAAGUUUGCUGUUGGGGGUAUGAGUGCGGGUGGAAUGUUGGCUGCGAUUGUAAGCCAUGUUUGUAGGGAUGAGGGCUUGCAAUUGAGCUUCCAAAUUUUGGGCGUCCCAGUUGUGGAUGUGGACGGAUAUGGACCAGAUGGAAAGUUGACGGAUGAAGGAUGGAAACGAUAUGGGAGUUAUAGGGAACUGGAAUUCACCGUACCGUUGCCGGCGGUAGAAAUGGAAUAUUUUACGGCACAUUUUCUUGGGGAGAAAAGGGACCCUGAAACCUAUAAUGUAAGUUUCAUUGCUGCUCAAAGACUCGCACGCUAACGCGCGAGUUACAGAAUUGGAAGGUUUCUCCCAUACUAUCAUCCAACUUCAAGGGUUUGGCGCCGGCUCUCAUCAUGACAGCAGAGAUGGAUCUACUGAGAGAUGAAGGUGAAGCUUACGGGGAGAAGAUGAAUGCUGCAGGUUCUCAAGCCGAAGUCAUUCGCAUGAAAGGGAUGCCUCGUAAGUACAAAUGAUUCUUGAAUUAGGCACUGUUCAGUUUCAAUGUUCUUUUGCAUGUUUUCUCGUUUGAGCCCUUUCCGCUCCUUAGCAGGAUUCGGGUUUCAGUAUUUAACCCAUGCUGCGCAAUUACUGACCCGGCCCUCUUCAUAGAUACUUUUAUGGCGAUGGAUGAUAUUCUCGAAGAUGCUAAGAGGUAUAAUCGGGAAGCAAUUCGAGCUUUAGCUACUGUUUGGGGAAUCAAUAAUAAGUAAGGUUGGACUGGAGGGGCCGGGGGAAUUAUAUAUGCGACGUUCGAAAGAAGAAUCAGCUGCGUAUCAUGGAGCAGUUUUGAAGUCUCACAUUUGCGAAUUUUUGAGCAUAGAGAUCAGAACGGGAUAUAUAGAGAGAGCAUCUUGAACGUUGUAAUUUACACAUUAUGCCAUACCAAUCAAGAAACGAGGAUGUCCAGGUCGAUGGCAUUUAAUCUUCUAGCAAUGUCAAUUGUU